AUGUCGACAAUCACCCUCAAAGAUCACGGCAUCCAGGUCAAGCUGCCGGAAGGCCUCUCCGAAUCCCAGCUUCUCUCCUUCCGACCCUUCAACAACUGGCUCUCCCGCCUCACAACCUCCCUCACCCUCCAAUCCAAAACCGCCACCCACCCCUUCCACGCCAACCCCUACGCCCUGCGCAGCAUCACCGUCCAAACCUACGACAUCUUCGGCUCCUCGCCUAUCGGCUUCCUCAAGCUCACCGCCGACGUCUCCAACGCCGCCGGCGAGACCCUCCCCGCAAGCGUCUUCCUGCGCGGGCCCAGCGUCGCGAUGCUACUCAUGCUCGUCCCCGACGACGCCCCGGACGAGCGCUACGCCGUGCUGACCAUGCAGCCGCGCGUGCCGGCAGGCAGCCUGUCGUUCGUGGAGCUGCCGGCGGGCAUGGUCGACGACAGCGGCAGCUUCGCGGGCGCGGCGGCGAAGGAGCUGAAGGAGGAGUGCGGGAUUGAGAUCCACGAGGACGAGCUGACGUGUCUGAGCGAGCUGGCGGGCGCGGGGAGGGCAACGGAGGGGGAGGAGGAGGGGCUUGCGGAGGCGAUGUUUCCGUCGGCGGGCGGGUGUGAUGAGUUUAUUACGAUUUAUAGUCAUGAGAGGCGGGUGCCGAGGGGGCAGCUGAAGGAGUGGAGCGGGAAGUUGACGGGGUUGAGGGAGGAGGGGGAGAAGAUUACGUUGAAGAUUGUGCCGAUGGGGGAGCUUUGGAGGGAGGGGGCGAGGGAUGCGAAGUGUCUUGCUGCGGUGGCGUUGUGGGAGGGACUGAGGAGGGAAGGCAAGGUGUGA